UGUCAGUGACCUGAUGGAUGCUUAUAAAAGGGCUUGGGGGAAGCCAGUCACCAAGACAGGCAUCUCAACCUGGCUGAUCCUGUAUGUGGAACCCGCUUUCAUCUUAAUCAAGAGCCCCUGGAAGCUCAGACACCUCCAGCCACUUUGUUCCAGACCUCAGGAUGAUGAAGAUGAUGUUGCUGCUCCCUACGCUGGCUGGUCUGUUUGCUGUGGCCCAGGGACAAGCAUUCCACCUUGGGAAAUGUCCAACUCCGCCGGUGCAAGAGAAUUUUGACGUGAAUAAGUAUCUUGGAAGAUGGUAUGAAAUUGAGAAGAUCCCAGUGAGCUUUGAGAAAGGAAACUGCAUCCAAGCCAACUACUCUCUAAUGGAAAACGGAAACAUCAAAGUGUUAAACCAGGAGAUGAGACCUGAUGGAACUGUGAACCAAAUUGAAGGUGAAGCUACCCAGAGCAACUUUACAGAGCCUGCCAAGCUGGGAGUUAAGUUUUUCCAGUUGAUGCCAUCCUCACCAUACUGGGUCCUGGCCACCGAUUACGUGAACUAUGCCCUUGUGUACUCCUGUACCACCAUCAUCUGGCUCUUUCACCUGGAUCAUGUCUGGAUCUUGGGAAGAAACCCUUAUCUUCCUCCAGAAACAGUGACCUAUCUAAAAGAUAUCCUGACUUCUAAUAAUAUCGACAUUGAGAAAAUGACUACAACGGAUCAGGCAAACUGCCCCGAUUUCCUGUAAGAAGGCUCCGAAGGAAGCUGCAGAACACUCCAUGUUACUUCUUCUGCUUAGCUUUCCCCCACCCCAGCCCACCCCUUGUA